CCUCCUCCCCCCCUGCUCCUUCAACCUUUGCUCUUUGUCUUGGUUUGGCUUCACCCUUCCUCCGGUAGCUCUCACUGCACUGGCCACAGACUUCCUUUAGGUCAGCCCAGCUGCGGCUGCAACACAACUUGCAGCCAAGUCGCAAACACUGGUGUGCCACUGAGACUGCCCCGGAGGAGAGAAAUGCCAGCCAGAGAUUGAUGGCGCGCUCAGUCCGGCAACCUGAGUCUCCACGAAUGUCAGGGAAGCCUCUCCAGGAGAUCAGAGGAGGCAGGAGAUGGAGUUACAAACAUCGCGUCUGCAAGCUGAGGUGGAAGGCGGCUGAGAAAUGAGGAAGACCACACACUUCUUGUUGGCCCAGAGCUGGCGUACAGCAGCAGCACCCUUUCCCCUACGGGGAAUAAAGUGCAUCCAUUAAAGUACACUUUGAUGUGUGUGUCCUGAUGGUUUUUGUGUCCUCCCAGACAGACCAUCAACAUAACGUCGUGGCUUUUUUGCACCUGCCGGCUGCUUGGCAGCCCCACCACGCACCGCUGGGUGCAGGGCACUGCUGCCAUGAAGGACUUAUUUAAGCGCACGGUGCUGAAGACGCACCCGUGUCACGAGUGUGGCAAGUCCUUCAGCAAGAAGGGAAACCUGAAGAGACACCAGCGGAUCCACACGGCAGAGGAACUCUUCACUUGCGGGGAGUGUGGGAGGCGAUUCACCACCCGGGGCCACCUCACGACCCACCAGAGCAUCCACACAGGAGAGAGGCCCUUCUGCUGCGGGGAGUGUGGGCGCUGCUUUCGCCUGGAGAUAUGCCUGGUCGCCCACCAGAAGACACACGCCAAGGGUGGUCCCUACCUCUGCGCCCGCUGCGGCAAGAGCCUGAGCACAAAGAUCUACUUCAACAUCCACAUGCGGACCCACACGGAGAAGAGGCCAUUCGCCUGCACCGAGUGCGGGAAGAGCUUUGUGAAGAAGGGGACCCUCACCGCCCACAAGGAGAUCCACAAGCGAGAGAAGCCCUUCAAAUGCCCUGACUGCAGUAGGUGCUUUGGGCAAAGUGCCACGCUGCUGGCCCACCAGAAGAUACACCUCCGCGGGGGCCCUUUCAUUUGUACGGAGUGUGGGAAGAGCUUGAGCACCAAGCGGUAUUUCAACGUCCACCAGAGGAACCAUGCUAAGCAAAAGCCACUCGAGGGACACGUCAAUGGUGUGUCUCUCCAGGUCAUCCAGAUUAAAGAGGAGCCUGAUUUUGCCUUCAGGUCAGAGGAGAGUAUGUUGGAGAAUAUGUCCCAUGAAGGAGAUGCAGCCCAGGGGUGUAGCAUACCUAGAAACCCAUCUAAUCCAAAAAGCCCUCCUUGGAAAAUCCAGAUGAAGGAGGAACCAGACCCACCCACUGAUGACACAGCCAACAUUACUGCAAUAGCCUGCCAGAAACUUUACAUCAAGGAAGAACCACCAGAAAACCCAGACUAUGGAAAGCUCUUUGAUCCAAAGAUCCCACUGACGGCUUUACAGGGGAGACAGCUUAAAAAGGAAGAAGAUGCUGAUGGGCAGCAUGAAUGGGAAGUCCCCAUAGCCAGUAACCGGGUCCUCCAUGUGAAGGAAGAACCACAGGAAAGCACUGAGUUUGGAAUGUAUUAUGGGCAGAAGCCAAACCUCAGUGCUAUCCAGAGGAUCCAAAUUAAAGAAGAACCUGGUGUGGAGGCCAACCACCAGGAAAGCCAGAGCCCAAAGAGGAAGCAGAAGAAAUGCUAUCGGCCCACCAAAGAGGGGAUGAUGGAGAACCAGGAGAAACCCAUGUCCAAGAAAGAUCCCUCGGCAAAAGGAGCUCCCAAGGUUGAACGGAUAUUCCCCUGUCCCGAGUGUGGGAAGAGCUUCAAUCAGAAGUCAAACCUGACCAGACACAGGAAGAUUCACACGAGCGAGGGGCCGUAUAAGUGCAGCGAGUGCGGGGAGAGCUUCCGCAUGAACCGCAAGCUGAUCCGCCACCAGCGAGUCCACAUGAGCGAGCCCUUCAAAUGCACCGAGUGCGGGAAGAGCUUCACCCAGAGGUCAAAUCUGGUUCGGCACCAGAGGAUUCACACCAAGGAGGAGCCCUACCAGUGCCCUGAGUGCGAGAAGACCUUCAACCAGAAGGCCAACCUCUUCCGCCACCAAACAAUCCAUGUCCGAAUGGGGCCUUGCAAGUGCACCAAGUGUGGGAAAUGCUUCCCUCAGAAGCGCCAUCUUAUUAAACACCAGUUGCUCCAUUCCCGAGGUGGGGCCUACAAGUGUGGGGUCUGUGGGAAGCGCUACCGGCUGAAGAAGUACCUGAGGAGGCACCAGAAAAUCCACGCACGGGAAGGAACUGCUCCCUGUGCAAAACGGGGGGAGGCCACAAGGACCGGCGGUGGACCCCACCACCCUGAGCAGACGGCUCUGGCCCCCGUGAAGAGCGAAGAGGAGAGCUGAGCAGGUCUGGUGCCUGCUCCUGGGGGAAAGUUCUUUGGGAAAGGGGAGAGAUGGAGACAAACUCUGCCAGCCUUAUGUGUGCGGUAUCUGGGGGUGAGGAGGUCAACCUGAGGGGACAGUGAGGUCGGUGAGGCAGAGCGCUGCUGGAAACUGGUCCUCUGCUGCUGUUUUCAGAGUACAACGCUCAGGGUAUCACCUGCUCACAGCUGUGAGAUGGGGCUGGAGAGCCAAGCCUCCUCGGAGCACUUGGAGAUGGAGAGAUAAGAGCUUGGCGUCCUUCGUAACAGUAUGCUUGUGCCUCUAAAGCCUGCCAAAGUUGUGGAUGCCAAAAUUGUCUUGUGCGGGCAACAUGUAGCCAGGAGGACCAGGCAGGAUUUAUUUUUAUUAUAUUACUGUGUUUCUGAGAAAGCUGAAGGGAGCCUCUCGCAUCUAGGCAAGAGUUUAAAGCAAGGGGCAACUCUCUUCUCUCUCAUAUAGCUCUGAUCCACAUCUUGAUCCUACUGGGCUGAUGAACCCUAGUCAACUGGAUGGUACAGAUCUGGAAGAAACUACUGCCAGCUAGACCAGAGUUUUAAGCCUUGAAUACCCCAAACCAGGCUCCCAGAUUGGCUUAAGCCAGGUCCCUAAAAGUAAGUUAUGCAAAAUCAAUGACUUGUUUUUCCAAAGCUAGCCCAGAGGCCAGCACACUGGUUUGUGGCCCCACAACCCCACUGCGUGGAUGUAAAUGAGAAUGGCUUUUCUUAGCACCGAGUUUUACAUCUCUGAUGAGCAGGUGCCUUUGCCACCACAAGUCCCAGAGGUGUCAGUGACUUCACCAGCUUGAGAGACACUGGUGCUGGUUCUCAGCCACCUGCUUCCCUACCUGUUACUGUGAAGCUCUUGGUAGGAUUUUGACUUUAUUAGACAUGAUUUAGGGAAUUCUAACCAAGCGGCAGGAAUAGUUGAAACAGUCUUCAGACUUUAUGAACUAGAGAACUGGAAACUAUUUCCCUGCUGGGAUGUUUUCCCUUCCUCUCCCUGGUGUAAAGGAGAUUGUGCAGCUACCCAGAAGCAUGGAGAGUUCAGCAGUCUUUAUUGCUCACUGCUAAUGAUUUUGUUUGUGUGUUCUCUAGUCAGAUGGAUCUUUCUGUCUUGAAAGUCCCUGGUGAAGCAGAGACGUGGAGGGAAUCCACAAUCCCCUGAGCCACUCGCCAAGAUUUCUCUGCAGCACUGCUACGUGGCCACCUGGGCACUGCAGAACAAAGACACAUAUUAGGGUUUUUUGUGUUGCUGUGAUACAUAGAGUCCAAGAGGCAAGUGGAAAAAUGUUCCAUGGUGAAAUAGUAGCUCUACCUCUCUGGUUUUGUGCAGGAAAAGAAGCCCCCUCCCCAUCCCCAAGGCACACACCACUUCCUUCUCCCAGGACAUGUCGCAGAUGGCAUCCUCUUGGAGGCAUCCGAAAGUCACGCAGCGUGACUUUGGGCAACUACCUGCUGUAACAUUUUAGACCCAAGCUGCUGGUUGUCUGCGCUGCCUACUCUGGAGCAGCUGCCUCUCUAGGUGGGGAAACUGAGGCAUGGAGAGAAGGAAAAGAACAGGACAAACUGUUCCUGAGCUUUGUCUUUCCUAGCUACUUGGACACCAUGGUGUUGAGGUGCUUUGUUGUGGUGACUCAAGCACAACACUGAGUACAGCUGCCAAACCCCAAAAGCACAUAGUAAUUAUGGUGCUUAGACUCCCUCAGCCUUUAAUGUAGUUAGGCCCAGCACGUGAUUUCAAACAGCAAAGCAAGAUCUGACAGCCUCUGAAGGAACCUACUUUUGUCUGCUCACCUAUAAACUGUAGUGAAACUGGUUGAUGUGAAGCUUCUCCUCAAAUCCCUCUGACCUGGUGGAGGUUCAUUUCUGGGACAGAAAAGGCAGACGUAUAGGGGAAAACAACAAGUUUAAGAUGUUCUAGGGGCAUCUAAGGGACACCCUUGUUAGAAAAAUGGGUCUGAGCCAUAUGGUGGGUAGAUGCUUCACUGUAGGACUGGAAAAUUAUGUUCUUUAGGAAGAAUAGGGCUGAGCCAAGCUAGCAAAGCAAAACAGCCUCUGUUAGGCUUGCUGAGGGGCAGAGGUCCAACAGAGCCUUUCAGUGAGGAGAAAGUAAUCACCGCGUGGCUGGCAUUUAUUUCCUUUUCAUUAGCCUAGCAUAGGGCCAUAGAGAUUUUUACCAGCAAGAGGAACUGGUAUGGGAGGUUUGCCAUUUGUAUUAUUGUGCCCCUGCACAUAGACAGGGCAGUGAGUCAAUGUCAGUAGCUUUCCUGGAUAUCACUGGAUCUUCCACCAUUGACCGUGGCCAGUGUGGGUGUCCCAGCUUCUGGGGAAAAUCGGGGCUGAUAGUUUGUAAUAUCUCCUCAAUAAAGUAAUUAUUUAAAGAAAAAAGGAAACAAA